AUGAUAUCUAGUAUACACAAAGUGAAGAAUGAUUAUUCAUGUUAUUUUUUAUGUGGUUUUGCAGAAAUCCUAACUGUAAUGGAAGACAAGACAACUGAUGUUGAUAAAUUUCCCUGUGAAAAUGAAUCUGUACAUACAUGUGAUUGUAUAAACAUCUUGAAGUUAAAUCCAUCCAGUGAAAACAAUAAUGACGACGGUAGUGUACCUACUUGCCUAAAUCCAAACUGUCCAUACGCUUAUCUUAAACGAGAUGGUUUUACUUCUGAAGCAUUCAAGAUACAAGUGAAGAAUAUACUUCGUUAUGCAGGUUUCGGCCAAAUGAAAAAGAUGUUGCAAUCUUUGAAUAUUAAUUUUCACAAGCUUAAACUAAUCAAAGGAAAUGUUGCAUUUCUUUCAUUUGAAUCUGCAGCUGAUCGUGACUUUGCUAUCUCUGCUCUGAAUGGUUACAACUGGAAAGGAUCGACAUUAAUAACCAAGAUUGCUCGUGCUCAUGCUGACCCUCUGUUAAAAAGACGAGCUGAAAACGAAUCAGAUUUGGAAUCUGCAGUUAAGAAGCAACGUUUGGAUGGGUUGACAGAACCAGUUGACAUUGAGAAGGCUCAUGAAAAUCUUCGUGAUUCCAUUGCCCCAUUGUGGCGUUUAAAUUAUGAUCCUGAUCAGUUGUUAGAGAAGAGAAAUAUCAUCCUGAAACAUUUAGCAGAGGCAAGGAAACGACUACUUGUAACUAAUCGUGAUAUCAUUAAUGCAGACACUGUAAAACAUUCAGAGGAAUUUGACUCAACACGUAAACCAACUAUAUGUAAACUUGGACCAGUAAUUCCGUCUCCUGUCCAAACUGGAUAUCGAAACAAAUCUGAACUUACUAUUGGCCACGAUGUGGAUGGCACAGGUCCUGUUAUUGGUUUCCGUUAUUCUAAGUACAAAGGUGGUUCAGUUGCAGUUGGAUCGUAUACAAGUUGGAAUUUUUUGCCUAAAAAAUCUUCCAAAGUUAUAGAUGCAUUACAGAGAUUUUUAAAUGCUUGUUCUGAGGGAGAAUUGGAAAGUUUAUCGAAACUUACCGCUUUUGAUCCUAUUACACACAAGGGGAAUUGGCGUCAAGUACUUAUUCGUGAAUCAAGAUGUGGCGAUAUAUUACUUGUUUUAUAUGUUAAUGCACAUGAACUUACCGAGGAUGAUAUACAUAAUCUAUCAAAUGAAUUGAAAAAGUGGUUUCAAAUGGGCCCAGGUUCAGAUUCUGGUGUAACUAGUCUCCAUUUAUCUGUUCGUUCACAAUCGGAGGAUAAAUUGUUUAGCGAACAUAUUCAAGAGAUUUUCGGUGAACCAUAUAUCAUGGAACAAUGUUGUGGAUUGAAUUUCCGUAUAUCUUCAUCAGCCUUCUUUCAAGUGAAUACUCUUGCGGCUGAAUUAUUAUUUGACAGAAUAGCACAUCUGUGUAUGCAGCCGUUCACUAAUGGGGGGAAUACUUCAAUCGAAGUAGAAGCUGAAAAAAAGGAGUCAGAAAUCCAACCUUUAAUUCCUGAGAAAAAAGAACGCAUACUAGUUGAUGUAUGUUGUGGUACCGGAACGAUUGCUUUGUGUUUGGCAAAGCACUUUGAUCGUGUGAUCGGCGUCGAAAUGAACUCUGAAGCCAUUGAAGAUGCCAAACUGAAUGCAGAAUCGAAUGGUGUCAAAAAUGCAGAAUUCUUGGUCGGUAAAGCUGAAGAUGUGCUACAGUGUGCACUUGAGAAACUACCAUCCAAUUGUGAACUUUCAGUUGUAGUCGAUCCGCCUAGAGCUGGUCUGCAUCCUUCUGUAAUUCAGACGUUAAGAAGAUGUGAACAGAUUAAAAGAAUUGUCUAUGUAUCUUGUAAUAUCGAAUUUGCUAUUGAAAAUUUUGUACAAUUUGCUAGACCAUGUUCCAAACGCUGCAAAGGAAUACCAUUCAUUCCAACUAUGGCUGAAGCUGUUGAUCUUUUCCCACAAACACGACAUGUUGAAGUUAUAUUACUGCUUGAACGCUUGCAGUCUGUAUCUUGACAGUUUUUUACAUUAUUUAAAUAAAAAACUAAACGAGAACUUUGUAA